AUGACAAAGGAAGACUCGGUUUCAGCCCAUAUACUACCACCCUUUGAUUCGGCGAUUCGCGAAUCGGGCGUUUCUGUUCACGGAGAGAGGAACAGCCUCGGUCUUUCUUCGGUGCGAGAGAAGGAGUUGCGAAGAUUGUACAAACAGCUGGACGUUGAUGGUGAUGGCCAUGUGAAUAUUCGAGAUCUUGUGGCCGCGUUGAAAACGCGUAUGCCUGGUCAGCCAGAUAUUCCGAGCUAUGCAAUGCAGAUGAUGGAAGAAGCCGAUAUCAACCACAGCAAAACGAUCAGCUUUGCUGAAUUUGCUCAAUAUGUGAUGGAUCAGGAGAUGCGACUAGCUGUGGUAUUCAAUGACUGCGACACAAACAGAGACGGACAACUCGAUUCCAAGGAAAUCAAAAGCUAUUUCGCGGAACUGAACCUGCCGAUUAGCGAUAACGAAGUGGAUAGAAUAAUUAGAAAAAUGGACGCUGACGGUUCUACUACGAUAGAGCUUGAGGAGUUUCAGAAUUACCUGAUGUUUUACCCUUGUUCAACGCCGUCGGACAUUGCAAACUUUUGGAGAGCUAGCUUGGUAAUCGACGUCGGUGAAGACAUCGUCCGGUACGAAGACCACGUCGGCAACUGGUGGCAGCAUAUGAUUUCCGGUGGAAUCGCUGGGUCCGUUUCGCGCACUUUUACGGCGCCUCUCGAUCGCAUUAAAGUGUUUCUUCAAGUGCAUGCAAAUCGGGUGAACAAGAUCGGCUUCAUUUCCGGCAUGAAAAUGCUCUAUAGCGAAGGCGGACUGCAGUCGAUGUGGCGAGGA